AUCGGGGGCUGCCUUAGAUGACCUUGUGGAGAAGCUCACACACUACGCCAUUUCCAAUGGCCUGGUGAUCUAUCCACCCGGCUUCAAGGCUUACCAGCCGUCGGUGGCACCGGUUACCCUUUAUCCCACGCCGUUUCCCAGAGCCCAAUUCUCAAAGGGAAUUGCCAUCUCGACGAAAUUCAACGAAUUGUAUAGUCGUGUUGUGGUGGACAAGAGCUGGCUCAAACAAGUGAUUGCAGAUCUCUCGAAAUACGACCGCAAUUUCACAGGCAUGUUGCACAAGACAUACUUGGAGGCAGAGCCCAAGAUUGUACAACCGGUGUCGCUGGGGCUGUUUAGGUCGGACUACAUGUUGGAUACGGUAUCCAACUCGAUCAAACAGGUUGAGUUCAACACAGUUAGCGUUUCCUUUGGUGGUCUUUCGCCGAAAGUGGGCCAGCUACAUAGCUUUCUCAACUCCCAGGGUCUCUACGGCAGACCGCAGUACUACCAAGAGGCUGACUUGCCAACCAGCCAGUCUAUGGAUGGACUUGCCAAGGGGCUUCUUGAAGCGGUGAAAUACUACGAAACAAGCGAAAAAACAGCGUCCACCAUUGUUCUCUUUGUUGUUCAGCCUGGAGAAAGAAACGUGUUUGACCAGCGCGCCAUUGAAUACAGCUUGUUUGCCAAAGGAGUUAAAUCGGAGCGAGUCGAAUUUGACAAGGUCACUUCUUCAGUGAAGGUCGACUCCUCCAGUAAGCUUUUCUACAAGGAACAGGAGGUGGCCGUGGUGUACUAUCGUUCAGCAUACGCUCCUAGUGAGUACAACCAUCCAGAUUCCUGGAAAGCACGCCUGCUACUUGAAACAACUAAAGCGGUCAAGUGCCCGUCCUUGCUGGUCCAACUGAGUGGUGCCAAGAAAGUGCAACAACUUCUGACUGACCGGGCGGUGCUGCAGAAAUACGGAUUUUUGGACGAGGAACUUCUCUCCACGUUCGUGCGAAUCUACCCACUGGAUUCGAGCGAGCAGGGCCAGAUUGCAAAAAAGCUUGUGUUCGAGCAUUCGGAACGGUUUGUGUUGAAGCCCCAGAGAGAAGGCGGCGGAAACAAUAUCUACAAGCAGGACAUUCCUGGCUUUUUGCGCAGCUUGGACGAGAAGGAAUGGGGAGCGUACAUUUUGAUGGAGCUCAUUGUUCCUGCUGUUCACGACAACCACAUUCUGAGGAAUGGCGAAGUUCUCGACGAGAGUAUUGUGAGCGAGCUGGGGAUGUUUGGCACGCUGCUCUUCAACGAGACAGACGGCACGAUCCUCCACAAUGACUAUGCCGGCUACCUGCUGCGGUCCAAAACUAGCACGUCCAACGAGGGAGGGGUUGCUGCUGGGUUUGGCUGCGUGGACAGUUUGUAUCUACACGAUUAGAAGAGAACAU